AUGGCUCGUCGCCUCCUGACCACGUGCUCCGCCCUGUUCCUCUCCCUCCAAGCGGUCGCCGACGAUUUCCCCUUCAAAGGAUACGCCACCCAACCCUUUAAUCCUCCAGACAUUGCGAUUCAAAAAAGCGGCGUCACCGACCCCGGCUACAUAUUCAUCGGACCUCGGGGUAAUGUGUGGCCUGGCACGGCUGCGCUGAUUUACGAUGACGACGGCAAUCUGGUCUGGCAGGGCCCCCAGCAGAUCACCGCCAACUUCAAGGUCCAGAAGUUAUUCAACCAGGAUGUUAUUACCUACUGGGCUGGUGAUAUGAUGGACCUGGGAUAUGGUUACGGUGCCGUUCAUAUCCUCGACAACACCUACCGCGAGAUCUACACCGUCAAGCUCCAGGACGACUCCCUCCUCACCCCCGAUAACCUUCCCCGAGACUCCUACAUCGACCUGCACGAGAGCCACGUUACGGACCGCAACACUCUUCUCAUCACCGCCUAUAAUAUUACACAGCAUGAUUUGACAUCCGUCGGGGGAGGCGCUGAUUCGUUCAUGCUCGACAGUCUUUUCUACGAGAUCGAUAUCGCGACAAACGAGAUUAUUCACUCCUGGAGUGCUUUCGCCCAUCCCGAGGAGUUUCCUAUAACAAGCUCGCGACAGGGUUAUGGUGAGGAGGUGGGUGCUCAAACGCGCCCUUGGGAUGCGUUUCACAUUAAUUCGGUGGAACUCAUGCCGGAAGGCUAUAUGAUUUCUCUUCGUCAUUUCUGGUCUGGCUUCUAUAUCCACAACAAUGGGUCCGUCCUGUGGCAGAUUAGUGGUGAAAACGGUCAUGGUGACUUUACUCUCGACGAUGGAGCCUUUUGGUCGUGGCAGCACGAUAUUCGCAUCUACAACCAAACCGAAGAGGGGCUGGUUUUGAGCUUGUUUAACAAUGCCAACACCCCCACCGAGACGAGUGUUCCUACCUCUGGACUCAGUCUCUAUGUUGACCUGGUCACUCGUCAGGUCUCGACUCUUCGUGAUGUACAGAAUCCGUAUGAUGAAAUUCGCAGCAUGACACAAGGCAGCUAUCAACUCAUCGAUCCCGUCACCUCCCAUGUCUUUCUGGGAUACGGAAGUAUGGCCAGAGUCAAAGAAUUCGAUGGUGACAACAAGGAGGUCUUGACCGCCCAGUUCGGUGAUGACAACACAAGUUGCUCCUACCGUGCCUACAAGUGCAAGUGGAAGGCAACGCCAUAUUGGAAGCCCUCCGUUUUGGCGAGAAAAAUAUCUACCACCACCCAGAUAUUUGUGAGCUGGAACGGAGCCACCGAGUAUGACUACGUGGCCGUGUAUUCUGUCCCAUCCGAGGACUACACGGAGAAGACUCUGAUGGGCACGCACGAGCGUACUGGAUUUGAAACUAGGCUGGAGCUGGAAAGUGAUGCUCCGUUUGUCGUGGUGGUUUGUCUCAAGGGUGACAUUCCUCUGUCUACUUCUGAUCCUAUGAACAUGCACAACAUAAACCCCAUGAACCAAACCACCGGCAACUCCAUCAUCUCCAACAACUGCGAAACCCCUAUCUACCUCUGGUCCGUCGGCAGUACCGUCGGCCCCCAAAUCGCCAUCAAGCCGGGCCACAACUACUCAGAGCCGUUCCACCAUGACCAGAAGUCGGGCGGUGUCGCGCUGAAGGUCACCACCGUUAUGGAUGGGCUUUACACGAGUGCCCCGCAGACUGUGUUUGCGUAUAACCUUGUCGAGAAGAGCGUUUGGUAUGAUCUUUCGGAUGUGUUUGGGGAUCCGUUUGAGGGGGAGAUGGACGCAGUCUUCGAAGGAGGAUUUGGUGUUGAGUCUUUGUUAGAUGGGAAUUGGAAUGAUCUUGAUGUUCCGUGA